CGGGUGAGGGAGGGGGACGGAGCGGCUACGAUCGCCGCUCGGCUCUUUCCGGCAUUGCUCGGCUCCGCUCGACCCUCCCCGGCUGCUUUCGGGCAGCUCAGCCCUCCGCCUUCCCAUGUCGGACGUGCUGGCCGCCGCCGCUGUGGGCACCCGCUUCGAACCCUCCGCGGCCAACGGCUUGGGAGGAGGCGGCGACGGCGGCGGCGACAGUUGCCCCACUGGCGGGGCUGGAGACGACGAGAAGAAGCCGCGCCUCACGCCUCCGCUGCCGCCUUCCUCAGAGAAUGAAGAUUCAGAUCAAAGACCGGAAUCUACUUUCCAGGCAGCUGCCACAUCUGAAAAUGAUGCCUUGCAGUGCAGGCUGCAGAGUGGGUCACCUGUGAAUGCAGAGGCUACAAAGGAUUGUGGAAGUGCUGACGAUGGUCUGAAAGAGCAAGAUGUAGAAGGAAAGGAAGAAAUCCUAACUGAUCAAAAUCAGCGCCCAAAAGAGGAGGCUGUAGUGCGGAUGACAAAGUAUCCUGACCCACAAGGACCAGGUGAUAUAGUCAUGAUACAGUCUGAAUACACAGGAGCAGUAGAUGUCCUUACAGCCGAGCUGGAAACUACAGAUUUACUGGGUGAGCAGAAGAAAGUUCGUCCUCCACCUCUAAUUCCCCCCACUACUUGGACAAGUGCCAAGAUAAGGGAGUUCAAAACAAAGAUGACAAAGGAGAAGAAUGCCCGAAUGGUAGUGAAACGGGGUGAGGUGUUAACAGUCCGGGUGCCAACUCACCCUGAUGGGAAGCGUGUCUGCUGGGAGUUUGCCACAGAAGAUUAUGACAUUGGCUUUGGAGUCUAUUUUGAUUGGACUUCUGUUACUAGCACUGCAAUUACUGUGCAAGUUAGUGAAUCAAGUGAUGAAGAUGAUGAUGAUGAAGAGUUUGAAGGACCUAUUCCAGUUGGUGAUGUGGAAAGAGGCUCCAGAAGCUAUUUGCGAACCCGUUAUGGGGAGAUCAUGCCUGUCUACCGAAGGGAUAGCCACCGGGAAGUGCAAGUAGGCAGCCACGAUUAUCCAGGCGAGGGCAUCUACUUGCUCAAAUUUGACAAUUCUUACUCACUCCUACGCAACAAGAUUCUCUUCUUCCAUGUCUAUUAUACCAGCUAGAGCAGUUAAUGAGAUUUGGAGUGGGUGGGCCAUAAGACACCAAAGCAAGCUGCCUGUCAUGACUAGUAUCUCCUAACAGGCACACACUUGAUGGCUGAAUCUCUAUGCUUAUGUAUGGAUGACUUCCUUCAACCCUUCCUCACUGUUAAAGUGAUGCACGUGAUUAUUGGCAGCUCGUUUGUUUUAUGCAGACACCAAUCUGAGAGCUUAGUUACAGAAAGCAAAUCACUGGACCAGGUUCAGGUGUCUGCUUUUACUUUCUAUUGCACUUCCAUGAACUGAAGUUGAAAUAUGCCUUUUCUUUUGGGGUAAAUAUAUUAUCACCUUCUACUCCUCUAUCUGCAAAUAAUCACUGGGAUCAGCUGCCAGAGUAGCCUGUAGAAACUGCAUUGUUACUAUGCUGCGGUGCACUGCCAUUUGCUUGGUCUCUGGGAAGCUUCUGAAAUGGCACGUAUGUAUGCCAUCCAGGCCAUUGCCAGCCUGUCUUCUCUCUUUUAGUUCCGUGCAAAUGUAGCUAGUUUAUUGUAAGGCAAAAUUGGUGUGUAUUUGCUGGCAUAGAUACCUGGAUUUCACAGCUUGCCUGAAAGAAUUUUAAGUUACAUGUAUUUUCUCUCAGAAAGGGCACAAAAUGGAAGAAGGAAGAAGGACGCAUAAACCAAAUAAUUCUAGUCAAGCAAUUCACAAAACAAAGAUUCUUCCUCCUCCAGACCUUUUGGGGCUAAUGUUAUUUUCACUGGUUGACUUUUUGCCUGAAUUCAGUGUAGCUUAAGAUAGGGGUGUCAAACCCAAAAUGGGCUGGUGUGUCAAUUUAUUCCAACAAGUGGAUUCAUUAAAAAAAGUCACUUUCACUGGAAGCAAAUUAUGAUAAUGUGGUUUGCAUAUGAUAAUAUAGUUAUGCUUGUUCAUAUUUGCUGUGCCGUGCCUGUGCACGCCACCAAUAAGCACUCCAAGCUACAAGAAGGCCAUUGUGCACAGUCAUACGAGUACACAGCAUCCCUUUCCAUCUCAGUGAUGGAAAACUGAGCCAUGCAGUAGCAUUUAUUGGCAAGUGAGGUCCUUUAUUCUGGGCAUCAACGUCUUAGCCCUCAUGAUAGUGUGUAGAGUGUUCUAUAAUGCACAUAAGGGAUUUUCCUCAGCCUUAUUUUUGACACCUCUAGUUUAAUAUCUCAGGUGUUAGUUGGUAAGAGAGCCUCUUUCCUUGCAUUCAGGCUUCGGAGGCCAUUGCCAGUCUUUAAUACAGCAUAAGUGGCACAGAUAACUGUUACAUUUCAGAGGAGUGGCAGUUGCAUCACCUAUCGUUUACAGCUCAGGUUUUAUAGGGUAUAUAUGUGUAGGUCACAUAGUCCUUUCUGCAGCAAAGGACUAAUACAUGUAUUUAUCAGGAUUUCAGAAGCAACUCUGGAGUAUGCCUUUUAAAACAGCGGCUGCUGAUGUUUAUCUCUUGUGUUUGCUUGGCUCUUUGCAUGAUUUCAGCAAACAGUUAUAGUAUGAAGGAUACACACACAUUUUGGAGACCUUUUGAGGAAAUGCCCUUGAUCAUAUAUACAGCUAUCUUUUGCUGAUAGUUUAGUGCUAGAAGGUGCAAUGCCAAAGAAUCUAUCUUCCAAACAGACAUGAUGGUUCUCUAACUAUGCCAUAUUAAGUACUUUGCCAAGGAAGGAAAAGUUGCAAAGCAAAUAAGGUAGCAAGAGUCUAUUGGUUCCAUUGAACUUUUUUUUUAAAAAAAGUUAAAGACUUGGAGUGAAAACCUAAGUAUUUUAAUUGUUGGUAGUGAGGCCUGGCAAACAAGGGCUCCUGCUAACUUUUAAAGUGGAAGUCAGGUGUAGCUGCUCCUAGGCAUUUUGUUUUUAUUUGCGGUGAGAAUGGAGAAAUUAGUGGCUGAUUCCAGGCCAAUAAGUGAGAAGCACAGAGUUUGCAAAGCACAGGACUUGCAAUAAGCAAACUUUGGGCUUAUCUUUCUGCAAAUCAAUUGGAGGGGAAGAGAAUGAGAGGCAAUCCAGUAGCAACGCAGAUUGAUUAUUUGGCUUAAAGGACAGUAUGUGUAUAUAUUUUUCUAUAAAUAUCCUGAACAGCAGCUGCUGUAUUUUUGAAAAGCCAGAAACAGGAGCUCCCUUGUGUCUCACGAUUGCACAGCCCAUGGUUAGCUUUAAAGACUCUCUUCCCUCUGAAUGUUUUUAAACACUGUUGUUCGUUAUUGUUCAAAGCAUUUUCCCUGUGAAUUUCUUGACUUCCCACAUUUUACAGAACACACAGAGUCUGCUAAAUAUGUCCAGUACAAGGGCUCUUAUUUUGGUAUAGACAGGUAAAUGAUAGGUAUUUGCCUUACCUAGGGUUCUGCUUGAAGAGCAGACUAUAAAGACAGAUUGUGUGAAUCAAGUACAGUAUGCAAGUUUGAGUUAAGUUUGUUUGUUACAGAGUUCUCUGCUUUUUGUCACACAAGUAAUAUGAAAAUCUCUGUUCAGCACAAUAAAUUUGUCUUUGUUCUUUAGCCCAUGCCUGCUAGAGGUGUGUUUGCUCAUGUUAAUUGCUACUGAAGUUGUACUGCAUGUUCUACCUAUAAAUAUAUGAGGCAGUGUCUCCUUCCUGGCUGGAAAUAGUUCACUUUGGGAAAGAGAACAGAAUUUGAAAUUAAGAGUUAAUAACCUAAACUGCAGUAGAUUCAAAUUGAGCAAAGGCCUUACAUGUUCUCCUCUCUACAGUCUGUUUAAUAACACAUUGGUUUCAGUGCUGCUCUUGUUGAUUAAAUCAGUUUAAAAUUGAUCUUUUGCCAACAUAC